UUCUCCAACACGGAUUGUCUCUUGGGUGCCAUUAAAUGCCAUUGAGGAGUGAGCAGUGUGUGCGCCUCUGUAUUUGCUAAAUUUGAAAGUGGUCCAACUGAAAUGUCUGCCUAUGUUUACUUCUGGAGGUUGUAGCUUAUGAGAGGAUGUUUUCACAGUGGAAGCGGCUGAUUUCACUGUCUUGAAGCAAGGAAGUCACUUUGGUUUCUGAGGUGAAAAUUAACGCGGAGAGAAAAAGAGCAACGAACCAAAGCAAAAAUGAUGAAGCGUGGCAGUGGUAAUAAACAAAGUUGGAUUUAAAGGCACCCGGCAUGAGCAAGAGAGACCAAAGCACUAGCUUUUGAACAUAGGUAGCUCCUCCCCUAUCUUUCAUACAAAUUUUCACAGUUUUGGUUCUCAGAACAGUAGUGGCUGGGAUAAAUGUCUUCCACAUUUCUUUCUUUCCAGAGAAUUUAACUCAUCAAGUAGGCUAAGUGACAGAGAACAUGACAGCUACUGGGAAGGAUGGCAAAGGAUGGAGUAGUCGUGAAAGCAAGAAAAUGGAAGGAGAGGAUAGUUUGAGGACUCUAGAAUGCCUGAGAGGAAGGUUGAUUGCAGAGAGACAAGCUUCAAAGAUUGCUAAAGAGGAGGCAGAGCUCAUGGGAAAUAAGUUAAUAGAGCUAGAGAACAAACUCAGAGAAGAGAUCAAAUUAAGGAAAAAAGCUGAAAAGAAGCAUAAAUACUUGAUGAAGAAGCUUGAGUCCUUGAAGAUUUGGCCUGCAUCAGAGGGAUCAGAGAAGUCAAGUUCAUCUGAGAUUAGUGGAUUUUGUAGCGCAUCAUCCACAAGUACUGCAGGCCACAAAGACCCCCAAGAAUCUGAAUCCAAGCCCCAAGUCAUAAUCACAGCAGGCUCACAAGAUAUGAAUGAGAAUGGCUCUGAAACAACUACAUCCAAUCAAAAUAUUUGUCCUGUUUCCGAUUCCAUCGGAGAGACUCAAAAUUCAAAUGCUGACAAUAACCUCAAAGAUUGUUCUUUAGAUAAAUCAAGGCAUGAAACCGUUGCAUGUUCACAAGAUUCAAAGAUUGAUGAUCAAAGUUCUGCGAGCAUUAAAUCAUCAGUGGUGGAGAUGGAGAAAAAUGCAGGAAAUGAGAGUGAUAACGAGGCUUAUGUGAAUAAUUCGUUGGCACUAGUCCCAUUGAGUUUGCCAGCUUCUACCAAGAAAAGUGAGUUGAAGGUAGUCAAUAGAAGUGUUACUGAAGUUCUUGACGCUUUAAGGCAUGCCAGGGAGCAGAUACAAAGCUCAAUGGAGAGCAGACACAUGAAUAGAGUUUGCCCAACUUGAAUCCAUGUGUGUUAAAUGCUAAGGAUGUGAGAUAUAUAUAGCUAAUAACACAAAUAGCAGAAAGAGACAUUAGGAUGGGCCUGUGCUCUUCUUGCAUUGGAGCAAGAAAUGGCCAAACGUGAUGAGGAGGGUAGAGCAUAGAUUAGUUAAUAUCAUUGCAUGGAUAAUAAAGUCAUAUGAUAGUGAGCAUCAAAGAAAGCAUCUGAUGUAGGGAAUUACCAAGGAUUUGUUGUCCAGUUGAUGCUGGACCUGGGUCCAUGAAGGUCGUCGUCUUUCUUGUUUUCGUUCUUUUUUCGACUUUGAUUAAUUAUGAUGGUAUUUGACAUUAUAAUAUAAUCCAACUGUAUUUUUGAAUUUUUUUUACUU